AUGUUCGCCAGUGGUGGAAGUGCCUCGUCAAUUUGUGUGUCUUUGCCCACGUCUCCAGAAAUUAUAAAAAGCUUCACUUAUUCCCAUUUCGUCCAGCUGUCAAAGACUGUCGGUGAAACACAAGCAGACUUUGUAAGUGAAAUCAAUAGUUUAAAAAGUUAUAACUAUCACAAAUGUUUUCUUUGAUCGAUAGCCCCUUGGUCUUAUUUGCUGAAUUAAUGCCUUAUUCCAGCUAACGGUCUUUACGUACUACUUCCCUACGCAUGUGUACUAAUUAAUAAUAAGAGCUUUGAAAAGUUGCUUUUUUAGAGUGAGUCAUUCUUAUAUAUUUGGCGUGUUGAGAAAUUAAGUGUCAGAAAACAUGCAUUGGAUACAGUUAAUGAAAACCGCCAUAUGCUCAACAAUCAGCUGCGAAAAAACUGAGCCUCUACCUUCGCCGUUUUAAUACUCGGAAACAAAAGUGUCAGAGUUACGUUGCACUAUUUUGUCUUUUUUUCCUGAUAAAUGAGAAAGAUUCGAAAUGUUAGGGUCACUUUGAAGUCAUUAUGAUCAAUGCUCACUCGUGUGGAAGUUCAACAGGGUGAUAGAAGACGGCCAACUAGUGAAAUAUUUAUCGGUAGCACUCGCUGACACCACCUUAAGAGAUCAUGAAAGCAACACUGCGCUUAAGAAUUUAAGUUUUUUUAUCUUGUUCUCUUUCAUGAAUUUUAGACUUCCACAUCCUCGUCUUAAACGUUAAAUGUGAUAACACAGCUCUGUCUUAAUUUGUCCCCUGUUGUUUUCAGGCCCAGGUUCGUCUUGGUGACAGAGACUACGACGAAUAUGUGCACAGAAUUCCACAACUACCUCGACCAAUUUGGCAUCCAGAUCAGCUACAGGUACGUACCUUACAGCAUUACAAAGAGGCAAAUCUUUCACAUCAGUUUGAAAUGUUGAAGGUGCUUAAUGAUAGGGUUAUAUUCUAGCCAACAGUUGUAGAUAACAAAAAUCCAAGGCAAAAUUACAAACUUUUAGAAAAGUUAACUUUAACAUGAAACAAGUUAAAUCUUCUAACAAAAAGUUAAUUGUCUUAGCAAGCUGGUCUAAGAUCAAUACUGACUUGCUAAUCUUUAGACCAUUAAUUUUGAUUCUAAGGACUGAGCUGAGCUUUGGCUGCUCUAGUGGAAGCUUUCUAACCUAACAUCAAUCAGGAUCGUAUAUUUUGGUUGGCAAACACACAUCUCUAUCAGUGAUGGCAGCUCCUCUCGCCCUUUUCUCUCUUUAAGCUCACACAAGUCUUAUCCUUGCAUCAGUCCUUUUCAUCUUGCUUGUACAUGGAGCUGUAUCUUCAGACAAAGCGCUAGUUAUUUCCUUGCUUAAACUGUUCAGGAUCAUUUUUUUGAAGGGUUAAAGAAUAUCUGAGAUGGAUACAGAACGACAUUAAACCUAAAAAUAGGAUAGAUGCAAGACAGUGUACGACUUUCAUUUUGAGUAAUUAUGCAAAUUUUCGACUAUGGGCUCUUAUCAUGAUCCACUCAGCCAUGAAAAGUAAAUACGACCAAAAGAAAAGAUUUCUUGGAAUCGAAGAUGGAAAGUGUGUUUCCGGUACUGAAAUACUAUGCAAAUGAAGUUAUUAAACAUGCCAUUUUAUUUAUUUAUCUAUUUAUUUAUACGUUUUUCUUUUAGGAAGAAACACUUCUUCAGAUGGAAAUAAAAGAUCUCUACACCUUUAAAGAAUUUCUCAAUGAGAUUAAAACUCACGAGAAGAAGGACAGUGUAUUUUUGGCCAAGUUCGAAACCAUUGAUGGAGAAAUCAACAGGUUAAUUGGCAACCUUCAGGAUAUGGUGAGUGAAUCAGAAUAGUAAAUUACUAAUUAAUACUACUUAAAGCGGUUAUACAAUCAGUGGUUUCAUUCAUUCAGUCGAUUUAUUUAAGAUUUCAGUUAUUGCACGAGUUUAACCCAGCCUUUAUAAGUAUGCGAUUACUGCCUUGUUCUCGUCCUAUCUGUUAUUAUUGUAAAUGCAUUUUUACAUGUCUUAUGAACAAAGAGGCGGUUUAUUUUUCCCCAUAUCUUUUAAGGAGGUUCCUGGACAUUCAGAUAUGUUUUCUUUCUUGCCCUAUGUAAUACUAUAAUACUACUAUGAAAGCCGAAGACUGCGUCAUAAUGAUAAAAAUAAAUUUUUUACCAUACUUGCCUUAUCUUUCAAGGAAAGCUCAGUUCUCUUUUCUCACCAAUCAAAUAACAAAAUUUGAGAUCGUCUUUACCAAGAACAUAAGUAUUUCAGUUGGCCUAUUGACCGACCAUACAAACUGUCCUUUUUUCUUUUUUGCACAGGAAGUGUGUCGUGGUUAUCAAAUCACGCAUCAAGGUGCCUCUGUCCAGCCCACCCUCAAACCUACCGCAACACAGAAAGAACAGGACGAGUGGGAACUGGGCGUGCUGAAAGAAUUGCUCUACUGGUUCAUACCAGUACAAGGAGAUCUUUACAAGCAGUUGAACCACAAAUACUAG